UAAAUAUUCAGCGACGCUCUACGGUUUGUGUACAAUUUCAAGCUUGACGGAAGGGUUACGUUUAGGACAAUUGCAUCAAAUGUGUCAUUGUUUUGUUUUAUAAUCGUGAGAAUUCCCUCGAUCCUCUAUUUACUCAAGUCUAUCUGCACAUCUCUGUUGAUGGGUACUGUCAUAUAGUUGUUUUUGCACUAACAUAAAGGAAUUUAAAUGAUAGUUUUCAGAGAGAGUACAUGUCUCUCUUGGCCAGCUUUUACAGUUGAAUAACGUCUGCUCCAGGACUUUAGCUGUAGGCUACCUGGUAUGAAUUAAUAAUAUAUUAUGCAAACUAAUGCACAUUACAGUGAAUGUUGAUCUCAGUAUGUCCCUGCACAAGAUGCUCUCCUAGCGCCCCUAUUUAUUUAUGUGCCACUUAGUUGUAGCCUGUGAACAUAUGCCUUAUGCUGCCCCCACUGAAAGAUUAGUUAGUUGUCAGGCAGAUAUUGCUCGUCCCCAACAAUGGUGUGGUACGGCCAGCCAUCUGUCGCUGUGUGAAUGGAACUGUCAGUUGGUCCGUCUGUAAACCAGGCCUGACUCAUGACUGAGUACUACGAGGAGGGGGGCCUGCUGUACGAGCACUCGCCUCCCAUGCACAUCAAAGUGGAGUCUCCGGAGGGACCCUUCGGAGGGGGCGUCUCAGAGGACGGCUUUCCCAGGGAGGAUGAGGACUCGGAAGGCAGCUGCGACCAAAGCAGUGGGCUGCCUGGUGGACUACCCUUCAACGUGGUGGUGGUGCAUCCGAACAUCAUGACCCCUGGCAUGUCCUCAGAUGACCUAUCCACGGAACAGCACAGAGGUAUUUCCUCUGUGUUGGCAGCAGGGGGUGCAGGCAAGAGGAAGAGUCGUUUUAGCGGUGCAGAGCUGGAGGUGCUGGUUUCUGAGGUGACGCGGUGUGAGGGAGAGCUUUUUGGUCCUGCUGGAAGGCUCCGGCGCAGGGAGAGAGAGAGGAUCUGGGCAGGAAUCCUGGAACGGGUCAACGCUGUGUCCAGAGUCCCUCGCACCCUCCGCGAGGUCAAGAAGCGCUGGGACGACCUGAAGAGACGCAAUGGAGGCAGGCUGGCAGACGCUAGGCACCGAACUUGUUACCUGCCAUCUAAUAGAGGGGCUUCCAUGCUGGGACGGUCAGCUCAGGCAAGCCCCAGGCUUCACCAGGCCAGACAGAAGCAAAGCACCAGAGGGAAGGCCAGUUUCACGUGCUUCACUGAUACAGAACCAGUGGGUGGAGGUGAAGGGUCGGAGAGGGAUGGCUUUGAGAAGGAUGAGGAUAGUGGUGAGCGGGAAGGGGAGGUGGGAGAGGCGGAAUGCGAGGGGGCAGAGAGCAGUAUGGAGGAAAAGCUGGGUUUAGGACUGGGAAUAGGGCCUCCCCCUAACUCGGAACGCUGGCUGCCUCCCUCUCCCCUCUACAGCGCCCCUUUCCUCAAUGGGACCCCUCAGCCUAGUCCCCAGCCCUCACUAGGGGCCCAGCAUGGACCCCUAGAGGCCCCUCCUCGUGGCUCAUGGCUGGAGGACGAGCUCCGCGGCAUGGGGGAGGCAGCUCUGCAGCUAGGGGAUCGGGUGGAGCAGAGUCUUCGGGAGUUUGGGGAGGGAUUCAGACGUGAUAUGAGAACAUUAGUGGUCUCUCAAGAGGUACUGGCAACCAGCCUACAGCAAAACAAUGUUCUCCUGCAAAGGCUGCUGGGAGUCCUAGAGGCACAGCAGCAGCAGCAACAACAACAACCACCACAGCAGCAGCCACAUCAUUCCCAAAAACAAGAGCCACAACAGUCAACGCAGCAACCACAACAGUUACAGCAGCAGAAACCACAGCCUCAACAACCGAUUCAGCAGCAGCAACAACCACAACAGAUUCAACCACAACAGCAACAACUGCUACUACAGCAACCCCAGCUGGUGCAGCAACAACAGAUACAACCGCUACCACAGCAACCGCAACACCCCCAGAGUCCAAGUAAUCAACCAACUUUAGCAGUUGCCCCUGUACCACCACCCCCAGAUAUUCUUGAUGGUACCACCCGUCCAAAUCCACCCGCAGUCAUUAAUGGAAUUGUCCAACGGCCAAGGCGGGGGAGAAUUGUUGAUCAUAGACGAAGAAGAAGGCGUUAGAUAAAGAGAUGUAAAUAAGCUUUGAUGUACUUUAUUUAUUUUCUCUUAUACAAUCUGAUUUGAAAUAAUGGGUCCCUCUAAUUUCAACCAAUGCUGAAAAAGUUGUUUUAUGAGUACAUUUGUUGUGGAAAGUAUUCAGACCCCUUGACCUUUUUCCACAUUUUGUUACGUUACAGCCGUAUUCUAAAAUUGAUUAAAUUAAUGUUUUUCCUCAUCAAUACACUAUAGUGACAAAGUGAAAACAGGUUUUAAUAAAUGUUUACAAUAAUUUACAUAAGUAUUAAGACCCUUUGCUAUGAGACUUGAAAUUGAGAUCAGGUGCAUCCUUUUUCCAUUGAUCAUCCUUGAGAUGUUUCUACAACUUGGGAGUCCACUCUGGUAUAUUAAGGUCCCAGAGUUGACAGUGCAUGUCAGAGCAAAAACCAAGCCAUGAGGUCGAAGGAAUUGUCUGUAGAGCUCCAAGACAGGAUUGUGUCAAGGCACAGAUCUGUGGAAGGGUACUACAAAAAGUCUACAGCAUUGAAGGUCCCCAAGAACACACUGGCCUCUAUCAUUUUUAAAUGGAAGAAGUGGAACAACCAAAAUCUUCCUAGGGCUGGCCUCCAGGCCAAACUGAGCAAUUGGAGAAGGGCCUUGGUCAGGGAGGUGACCAAGAACCCGAUGGUCACUCAGAUAGAGUUCCUCUGUGGAGAUGGGAGAACCUUCCAGAAGGUCAACCAUCUCUGCAGCACUCCACCAAUCAGGCUUUAUUGGUAGAGUGGCCAGACGGAAGCCACUCCUCAGUUAAAGGCACGUGACAGCCUGCUUGGAGUUUGCCAAAAGGCACCUAAAGACUCUCAGACCAUGAGAAACAAGAUUCUCUGAUCUGAUGAAACCAAGGUUGAACUCAUUGGCCUGAAUGCCAAGUGUCACGUCUUGAGGAAACCUGGCACCAUCCCUACUGUGACGCAUGGUGGUGGCAGCAUCAUGCUGUGGGGACGUUUUUCAGCGGCAGGGACAGGGAGCCUAGUCCGAUUGAGAGGAAGACGAACAGAGCAAAGCACAGAGAUCCUUGAUUAAAACCUGCUCCAGAGCACCCAGGAACUCAGAUUGGGACGAAGGUUCACCUUUCAAAAGGACAAUAACCCUAAGCACUCAGCCAAAACAAUGCAGUAGUUGCUUCGGUACAAGUCUGUGAAUAUCCUUGAGUGGCCCAGCCAGAGCCCGGACUUGAACCUGAUCGAACAUCUCUGGAGAGACCGGAAAAUAGCUGUGCAGUAACGCUCCCCAAAUACAGGUGUGCCAAGCUUGUAGCGUCAAACCCAAGAAGACUCGAGGCUGUAAUCGCUGCCAAAGGUGUUUCA